AAUCAGUAUAUUCAAAAAUGAUUGAUUGGUAAUAUUACCUAGAAGUGGUUUAUUUUUUAACUCAAUCCCCUUGAUUAUCAGAUCAGAAAAAGCUAUUAUAAGGUCGUGAGAUAUAUAUCAAAUUUCCAGUUACUUCAUAUAUUUAUCAAAUAAUAUGAAGGUGUUCAGUAGUCUUUUAAUAUUUCUAGGAAUUCUUGCUAUUGGUUCUACGGAUGGCGAUGAAGAGUUUGCGAAUUACAAUGUAACAAACCGAAAAUAUCCAGAUGGAUUCAAAUUCGGAGUAGCCACUGCUGCAUACCAGAUCGAGGGAGCUUGGAAUCUAGAUGGAAAAGGUGAACAAAUUUGGGAUACCUUCUUUCACGAACAUCCCGAAAGGUCUAAUGAUGGAACUAACGGAGACGUUGCUACUGAUUCAUAUCAUCUUUAUAAAGAAGAUAUUCGUUGUAUGAAGGAAGUUGGAGUUGAUUAUUACAGAUUAUCUAUCGCAUGGUCCAGACUUUUGCCCGAUGGGACUAUUGAUAAUGUAAAUAAAAAUGCUAAAAACUAUUAUACCAGUUUAUUUGAAGAAUUAAGAGCGAACGGAAUCGAAGUUAUGGUAACUUUAUACCAUUGGGAUUUGCCUACAGCACUUGAAAAGCAAGGAGGUUGGUUGAAUCCACAAGUCGUUGAUUGGUUCACUGAUUAUGCAACCUUAUGUUAUCAUCUUUAUGGAACUUACGUAAAAGAUUGGGUCACCAUUAAUGAACCCAAACAAAUUUGCCACGUCGGUUACGGAGACGGAGGUUAUGCGCCUGGUGUCAGGUCACCAGGAGUUGGAGAAUACACGUGUGCCAGACAUAUUCUGUUAGCUCACGCUAAAGCCUGGAGGGUGUUUGAUACCCAGUACAGACCAACCCUAAAAUCUAGAAACACCAUCGUUGUUGAUUCUGAUUGGUAUGAACCAGCAACCUCUGCUGAUGAAGAAGCUGCUGAAACUAAACUUCAAUUCGUGCAUGGAAUGUACAUGCAUCCAAUUGUAUUCGGUAAUUGGCCACAAAUUAUGAUUGACAACGUUGCCAAAUUUAGCCAGGUACAAGGUUUCAAUGAAUCACGUUUGCCAGCUUUUUCCAAUGAAGAAAUUGAGUUGAUUAAAGGUACUUUUGACUUCAUCGCCAUUAACCACUAUACCACAUAUAUGGUGAAAGCUCGUAGUCAACCUUCUUACGCUGUAAGUUGGGUUGCUGAUUCUGGUGUAGAUUCGUAUCAAAAAGAUACUUGGGAAACUGCAGCUAUCGGAUGGUUCAAGAAAGUUCCAUGGGGCUUCGGAAAACUCCUUAGAUGGCUACGCAAGACUUAUGGAGAUCUUGAAAUUGUUGUUACUGAAAACGGUGUAUCUGACAGAGAUGGAAGUCUUCAAGACCAACACAGGAUUGAAUAUAUAAAGAACUAUAUGAGUCAUUUAAUCGAUGCCAUCCACGACGGAGUUCGAGUUACUUCAUACACUUUAUGGAGUAUCAUUGAUAAUUUCGAAUGGACCCAAGGUUUCAACGGUAAACUAGGAAUUUACUUCGUGAACCAAUCCGACCCAAAUCUACCAAGAAUUGCCAAGGACUCAUCUAGAUAUUAUGCCAAUGUCAUCAAAACUAAAUGUUUAUUAGAUCAAUGCGUGGACAACUAAUAAAUCACGAAAUAAAACAAUAAAAAAGUAA